UCCAUAAAACACUCACUGCAGAUCAUCAUGGAUUAGUGAAAGCACGAGCGCGAGGAACUUCAGACUCGUGGACUGUCGUCAAAGAAACCCAAUGUCUGGAAACGAAGAGCGCACUUUCAUUGCCAUCAAGCCUGAUGGAGUGCAGAGGGGACUUGUCGGAGAGAUCAUCAAGCGCUUCGAACAGAAAGGGUUCAAGUUAGUUGCUAUGAAGUUAAUCCAGGCCGAUGAGGAUCUUCUAAGACAGCACUACGGUGACCUAAAGGACCGGCCGUUCUUCCCUGGGCUUGUCAGUUAUAUGUCCUCUGGCCCUGUGGUUGCCAUGGUGUGGGAGGGUUUUAACGUUAUUAAAACCGGUAGAGUAAUGCUCGGCGAGACUAAUCCCAUUGACUCCAAGCCUGGGACUAUCCGAGGUGACUUUUGCGUUCAGGUUGUCCGGAACAUCAUUCACGGCAGUGAUUCUGCGGAAAGUGCCAACGCUGAGAUCAACCUGUGGUUCAAACCAGACGAUAUCUGUGACUACACCAAAUGUCAGGACAGCUGGCUCAAUGGCUGAGCACGUUCUUCUUUUUCUGCACCUUUCUCCCUCUCUGGUGUUUCUGCUUUGAUUCCGUACAUUUUCCCCCCACCUAUGUUUCUGGUACUUGUCUUUACAAUAAAACAAGAAAUCCUGUGA